AUGUCCCCAUCAGUUGCCGUGGACUUUGACUCGCCCAGUACCAAGGUGCUGAGCCCAGCUAAACUGGCACAUGUUGUGCUACGCACUGCCAACCUCGAGCGCAUGGUGAAUUUCUACACUACCUUCCUUGGCGGCACCGUUGCCUAUGGGAAUGACGUGAUUUCGUUCAUUACGUAUGACGACGAACAUCACCGUGUGGCUAUCAUCGGGAUACCCACCACGGAGCCCAAAGUGCAAACGAGCUGCGGCCUGGAGCACAUUGCCUUCACCUUCAACAGCCUGUCCGACCUGCUUGCAUCCUAUCGCCACCGAAAAGCUCGUAACAUUGAGCCGGUCUGGUGCGUCAAUCACGGCCCUACCACUAGCAUCUAUUACAAGGACCCGGAUGGCAACAUGCUCGAGACGCAGGUGGAUAAUUUCGACACGAUAGAGGACGCAAAUGCCUUCAUGAUGAGCCAAUACUUUGCCGAGAACCCCAUCGGUACCGAUUUUGAUGCAGAGGAAAUGAUACAAGCCAUAAAGAACGGCGAGGAAGACCACGUCCUGAAGAAGCGACGCGAGAUUGGGCCACGAGGGUUGUCGGACGUAUCAAGCAUGAAUUAA